AAAAAAGAAGAUUACUGCAAGGCAACAGUUGUUAUUGUUGUUUAUUUGGAAGAAAGGAAAAACCUCUAUUCAAAAAUAUAAUGAUUAGCUGGAAUUUAUAGACAAGUACCAUUUAUUUUUAAAGUAUACGUUGUAAAUCGGUAGUGUUUCCAAAACAAGUUUUAUGUGAUUUCAAAACGCCCAAAUAAUAUAUUUCAAAUAUGGAAAAUUGUGUUCGAUUCAUACAAAAAGGUGAAAAUAAAUUAUCUUCUAACGAUGUGGAAAAGAUGAAAGUGCAGAUUCAAAAAAUUGAUGGAUCGGUGAUGAAAGUUUCUGAUAAUUUAUCUUAUAUUGAUGUUGUUAUACCAGAAGGCAAUUUUAACUUAAUCAAGAAUAUAUCGGAUUCGUUGGGGUUCGAGGCUUUGAUUAGUAAUAAAAUAGACAACGAAUGCCAAAGAUCACCCAGAGAAUGUGCUGGAGAUUUUGUAAACAUCGGUAUGGACACGGAACCAGCAGAAACGAGUAUUAUUACAGUGAAUAUAGAUGGAAUGACGUGUAUGUCGUGUGUAAAGACCAUCGAAGAAACGGUAGGAAAAAAACGUGGAAUUUUAACCAUCAAAGUGAAUUUACAAGAAAAAACCGGUUUGGUUAGAUACGAUGCCGCCUUAGUUACCCCACAAGAAAUAUGUGAUUACAUAGAUGAUAUGGGUUUUGAAGCCUCCAUACCUUUAACUUCUUUAGGUAAAACAGAAGGAAUAACAUCGGCUGUAAUAGAUAUCCGUGGGAUGACCUGCAAUUCUUGCGUUCAAACUAUCGAAGGUAUGAUAUCUACUUCUGAGGGAAUAAAAAAGAUAAAAGUCGAUUUGGAUAAACAAGAAGGUUAUGUCGAAUUUAAUAUGAAUAAAACUGAUGCUGAAAAAAUAGCCGAACAGAUAGAAGAUAUGGGUUUCGAGGCUUACGUUAAAUCUGAUAUUGAUAAAAUGCCCAGAAGUAAAAGAUCCCCAUCGAAAAUUAAGACUGAUGUAGUAGUAGAUAAAGAAAAUUUUUCUAGAUGUUAUUUACAAGUUAAAGGUAUGACUUGCGCCUCUUGUGUGGGGGCUAUCGAAAAACAUGUGGCACGAUUAGAAGGUGUACACAAAACUGCGAUAUCAUUAUUGGGCGCUAGAGCCGAUAUAAAAUACAACCCAAAUGUAAUCACCCCCGAACAGAUCGCCGUUUCUAUAACAGAUUUAGGGUUUCCUUCGACUGUGAUGAGACAGUCUGGUAUAGAUGAAACCGAAGUAGAUGUCGAAAUCUUCGGAAUGACUUGUGCCAGUUGUGUACACAAAAUAGAAACGUUCAUUUUGAAAGUACCCGGUAUAAAAGAUGCCAAAGUAUCACUAACCACGAAAAGGGGUAAAUUUAAAUAUGAUCCGGAAGUGACAGGUCCAAGAAACAUCAUUGAAUCAAUAAAAGAAUUGGGUUUCGAAGCUCAUUUGUUUUCAAGGGAUAAUGCAAACGGCGGCGACUAUUUACAACACAAAGAAGAAAUAAGAAAAUGGAAAAGGAGUUUUCUAUUUUCUUUAGCUUUCGGCGGUCCCUGUAUGAUAGCUAUGAUGUAUUUCAUGAUAAAAAUGUCGUCUUCGACUAUGUCCCAUCACGACAUGUGUUGCAUAAUACCAGGUCUUUCAACCGAAAAUCUUAUACUAUGGGCAUUAUCUACCCCCGUUUUGAUUUUCGGGGGUAAACAUUUUUUUGUACAGGCCUACAAAUCUAUUAAACACCGUACCACCAAUAUGGACGUACUUAUAGCGAUGGCUACUUCUAUAUCGUACACUUACAGCGUUUGCGUUGUCGUGGCGGCGAUGAUUAUGAAAGAAAACAGUUCUCCUCAGACAUUUUUCGAUACACCCCCAAUGUUGUUGACCUUUAUCAGUUUGGGGAGAUGGUUGGAGCACAUAGCCAAAGGUAAAACAUCGGAGGCAUUGAGUAGUUUAUUGUCAUUGAAAGCCACUGAUGCAGUACUGGUUACGUUGAGUAAGAAAGGAACGAUUCUAAAUGAAGAACAAGUAAAUGUCGAUUUAGUUCAAAGGGGAGAUAUUUUGAAGGUGGUACCCGGUGCAAAAGUACCAGUGGAUGGUAAAGUUAUACAGGGUCAAUCGAUGUGUAACGAAAGCCUAAUAACCGGCGAAAGUAUGCCGGUACCAAAAAAAAUCGGCAGUACCGUAAUAGGUGGUUCCAUAAACGAACACGGUCUAUUAAUAAUCGAAGCAACUCAUACGGGCGAAGCCACCACCUUAUCCCAAAUAGUUAAACUAGUCGAAGAAGCCCAAACGUCCAAAGCCCCCAUACAACAACUGGCCGAUAAGAUAGCCGGUUAUUUCGUACCGACAGUGGUACUUUUGGCACUUUUGACCUUAAUUGUAUGGUCUGUGAUAGGAUCCAUCGAUAUAAACAAGUUACCUUUGACUGAUAUGGAAAAAGAGGGUUACACCAACACCGAAAUCAUCUUGCAGUUCGUGUUCAGGUGCGCCUUGAGCGUACUGGCCAUAGCGUGUCCUUGCGCCUUGGGACUAGCCACGCCGACGGCAGUUAUGGUGGGAACAGGUAUAGGCGCAGUUAAUGGUAUUUUGAUAAAAGGAGCUGAACCUUUGGAAAACGCUCAUAAAGUCAAAGCCGUUAUGUUCGAUAAGACCGGUACCAUCACCAAAGGUGUUCUGGAAGUGGCUAAAGUUUGGAUGCAAGGCGAUACUCUUAGUCCUACGUUGAUUCUGGCUGCUAUAGGAUCGGCGGAAACUAAUUCCGAACAUCCCAUAGCCGUAGCCAUAACUAAAUAUAUUAAAGAUGUACUGGGUACCGAUCAAACUGGUAAAUCGACAAAUUUCCAAGCGGUACCGGGUUGCGGAAUGAAAUGUACCGUUUCGAAUCUCGUUGACGUUCUCAAUGUUGCCAGAACUACUAAUAACACCGAAUUAGUAAAUUUCACUAAUUUAGUGCAAGCCGGUAGUUCAGGAAUGUUUAGUGUCAAAGACGUACAGAUCGAAGUUAGUCGAUCACAAAACGUCAAACUAGGCCAACUGAUCGGAGUCAGUUCUUUAUUGGACAACGAAGACGGCGAUUACGAUAUCGUCAUAGGAAAUAGAGAAUGGAUGCAUAGGAACGGUUUCAUAAUAGCACAAGAAAUUGAUAGGAAUAUGAUAACCGAAGAAGAACAAGGCAGAUCGGCCGUACUUUGCGCCAUCAACGGUACAAUAAUGGCGAUGUUCAGUGUAGCCGACACCGUAAAACCCGAGGCUCAUCUAGCCGUUUAUACAUUAAAAAAAAUGGGCCUCCAAGUGAUACUCUUAACAGGCGAUAAUCGAAAAACCGCCGCCAGUAUCGCUAGACAAGUCGGAAUAACGAAAAUAUACGCCGAAGUAUUACCAUCACAUAAAGCCAUUAGAGUACAAAGAUUACAGGAAAACGGCGUAAAAGUGUGUAUGGUCGGCGACGGGAUAAACGAUUCACCGGCUUUGGCCGAAGCUUCGGUCGGUAUGGCGAUUGCUACUGGUACAGACGUCGCAGUCGAAACCGCCCAAGUGGUACUCAUGAGGAACGAUCUAUUGGACGUAGUCGCUUGUUUGAAAUUAUCGAGAAAAACCGUCAAUAGAAUCAGAUUGAAUUUCUUUUUCGCCAGCGUUUACAAUAUUUUAGGUAUACCUCUGGCGGCUGGGGCUUUCAGUUUGAUGGGUUUGACGUUGGCUCCUUGGAUGGCUUCGGCUGCUAUGGCCCUAAGUUCGGUAUCGGUAGUAAGCUCGAGUUUACUUUUGAAAUUAUGGUCGAAACCUACAAAAGAAACGUUGGAAACCGCCGAAUACCUCUCAUUUAAAAAUUGUGAUAAUUUGGAUUCGAUAUCGAUACAUAGAGGAUUGGAUGACGUCGAUCAAAUCGACGGAAGGGCAACGAAAUUUUCGAGGUAUACUAAAACGUGACGAUUCGAAUUAAAAUUCGAUUAAAAUUUGUCGGAAUCGCUCGAUAUAUUGUUAGGUUAAUGUUGUGAGCGUUUGGGGGUUAUAACUUUAAUUACUCACCCGGUAUAUUAGGGAUUACGUGAAAGAUAUGAGUGUAAGCAAAUGUUAAGUACAAAUUCGAUGAUCGCUGGGGAGUUUGUCCGUUGUCGAAAUUGUUUAUUAGAUAAAAAUGAACAACUUUGUACAUGGGGGAUUACAGAAACCCAAUUAUGUCACCUCUAAAAUCCGUUUUUUUUUUUAAUUUUUGGGCGUCAAAAAUUCGAUGAAAUUUCAAAUUUAUGUCUAUUUUUGUGCACCGAUGGAAGUAAUUCGGUGUUUAAAUCGUUUAUUAGAUAAAAAUGAACCACCCUGUACAUGCUGGUGUACAGAAAACCAAUUAGAUCACCUCUAAAAGCAAUUUUUUUGAUUUUUUUGCGCGAAAAUUUCGAAUUAUCUUGACGAUCUCAAUAGUUUUCAAGGUUAUGUUCACUGAGAGAACUAAGUCGGUGAGUUAUAUAAAAUUGAAGUUUUUUUUGUCAUUUGAGUCCUAAAAAUUCGAUUAAUCUCUACAAUUUUAAUUAUUUUCAAAUUUUUGUUCAAGUGCUCCCCAUUGGAAGUAAUUAGAUAAAAUUGGACCGCUCUGUAUAUAUAAAACUAACCUAAACUCUAUAAAGUCGUCACUUUGAGCCAUUUUUUUAUUUGAGCGCCAAAAAUUCGAUUAAAAGUUUCAUUUUCUAUAAUUUUCAAGUAUCGAUGCUCUGGUGUACAUUUUCUUUGAGGAAAGUAAAUUACAAACAAUCGAAUCAAUCACUACAUAAAAUAAUAUGAUAAACUUAUAAGUUCAUGUUGAAAGGCAAUUUUUUUUAUUAUUUGGCGCCAAAAUUGUCAUGCAAUUGAGAUAGACCGAUCUAGAUUUUUAGCUGUACUAACGAUAUUUUAUAAAAUGACCAAAAUCCGUGGAAAAAAAUAAUAAAUUUUGAUUCCACUCCGUAUAUACUCAACUAACAAUUAUUCUCAUAAAAAUCACGAAUUAUACCAAACAAUUUAAUUUUUUUAUCAAUUUUGUAUAUAGUAUUCAGAAAAAUAUUAUAAUUUUAUUCUUU